AUGGGGACACCAAAACGUGGUUUUGAUACAUCCAGGGACUUUGUCACCCAGUACACUUCAGAUGAGAAUGAUCGUAUUGUAAUGAGAAUCAACAAUGGUGUGCGUAGCAACAAGUACAAGGAUGUUGACUAUGACAAACUCAGACUUCUGGCUGCAGAGAAAAAAUUCUCGGCUCACAAGUCAUUACUCAAAGUGAAAAAAAUUGAACAAAUGUCUAAACAAACCAAGGAAAAUAAUUUAAUGAAACAACAUAAACUUGUGUGGCAAAAGGAGUUUAUCCGAUUAAGCAGUCUUAGAAAGCGACUACAAGGGGAGAUUGAGAGACAUCGACGAGAGCAUGUAACAGAGGCAGGACCAUGUAACAGUAUGUAUCAGGACUUUGAGGACUAUGAAUCACACCUGGAUCAGGAAUUUGGAAAGUUUAAAACACAGACAGCAGAACCUGUAUGGGAAUUACGGGAAGACCUGCAGUUUUGGCUGCACGAAAACAUGUCGGACCUCAAAAUGGGGUCUCCUGACAUUGUACAGAAACACAAGGAAAUAAAGGAGACCAUCAGAUCAGUCCAGGGACAGCAGAAACAAGUCAUGGAAAAGCUUCAGUAUGAACAACAAAGUCUGGAGCGUGAGUUAGGACUAGGUGAACUUGGUGAGAUGAUCCAUGAGGAACAGGAUACAAGCAUUCAUAUAGAACAGGGAAUACCAGAAGCAGCAUUUGACCUUGAAUGUAGAGAUGAUGAUCUGAAGGUCAAUGUUCUACAAGAGUUUAUCCACAUGGAUGAGGUGUUUAGAGAGAAAUUACACUACCUGGAGGAUCAACAUUCUCUGAUACUUAGUUCCGGAAAACAUGGUGGAUGGUCGGAGGAGGAUCAUUUUUUGUUCUGUAUUGUUUAUGAACAGUACUCCCAUGAAAUGGCAAACAGACGUAAACUUAUUAUUGAUCGGUUACGAAGGCAUCUACCAAAAAUGUCCCGUGCACAACUGGUUAUGCAUGAAGAGUGGUGUGAAAGCAACAAGUAUUUCCGUAAACGGAAACAAGUGCUGUUGGCAGCCUGGCAGAAGGCCAGAGACGAACUUCUAUACAAGGCAAAGUCUGUGUUUAUGGAGGCCGAUAUUGCAGCUGAACUAGAGGAAGUCAAGAUUGAGUACCUUCGUAAACAAAAACAAGUGAAGCAGGCACUGUUCGAAAAGAUACAUCAGUGGCGCUGUCAGAAAAUGGAGGCCCUGACGAUCCAACAGAAUAUGCUGGAGCGGCAGCAAGAGGAACUGAAGAUUUACAACAAGAUGGAGGCAGAGCGGGAGAGAAAGCGUAGAGCUAUAGAAAAGGAAAAAAUAACGGCAUAUCAUGAUGAGCAGAUGCAGUUUCGUAAAAAGCAAGAGGAGAGGGACAGAGAGAGGUUGGAAGAGAUACAAAGAAUCAUGGCCGAACAAGCUAAAUUUGAUCUUGAAAGGAUCCAUUUUAGAGAAGAACAAAUUCAGAGAAAGAUUGAGGAUAGGAAGAGGAUGGAAGAGGAUAAAGAAGAGGAAGAAAAACAGAGAGAGGAGCGAUUAGAAGCAUUACGGCUACAGGUAAGAGUGGUAGCUGAGAGUGACCCAGAACGUUUAAUGAAGAAUACACAGGCAUGGGAUGCUCAUGUUAAUGAAGAAGUGGAGGAUGAUAUUAACAUCAACAGACCAUUGUUUGAGGUCAACUCUUUUACUUCAAAUCAGGUGACCUCUGAUCCAAGGAUAAAACUGGAAAACAGGCUCCGGGAUGCUGGGUUACAUAAUUCUGACUAUGCUCGACACAUCAUGUCAAAUGUUAAACCUCUUAACCCACCACGGAGGGACAUGGAGUCUACUGUCUUCAAAACCACUUAA